ACGGAGCGGCGGGCGUCGGCUUCGGGAGCCGAGGGUGGCCCCGUGUGGAGCCCUCCCCGCCCGCAGCUAGCGAGCCGCCGCCGCGGGCGCGUCCCCGCUCUGCGCUGUCUGUCCGAUGGCGUCCGCCUCCGGGGCCGUGGCGAAGCACGAGCAGACCCUGGUCCUCGACCCGCCCACAGACCUCAAAUUUAAAGGCCCCUUCACAGAUGUAAUCACUACAAAUCUAAAGUUGCGGAAUCCAUCGGAUAGAAAAGUGUGUUUCAAGGUGAAGACUACAGCGCCCCGUCGGUACUGUGUGCGGCCCAACAGUGGGAUUAUCGACCCGGGCUUGACCGUGACUGUCUCAGCAAUGCUGCAGCCUUUCGACUACGACCCCAACGAGAAGAGUAAGCAUAAGUUUAUGGUACAGACCAUUUUCGCCCCACCGAACUUUUCAGAUAUGGAAGCUGUGUGGAAAGAGGCAAAACCCGAUGAAUUAAUGGAUUCUAAAUUGAGAUGUGUAUUUGAAAUGCCCAAUGAAAAUGAU